UGUAUAUAUUCUGUCUAUCCAUUGGAAGUAUACAUUAGCAUCAUUGCAACUUUUGUUCCAACAUGGCUCAGAACGCACGCAACAACGUCCUCAUCGUCGGAGGCAGCACGGGUGUUGGGUUAGCCGUAGGAAAGCUGGCUCUCUCCCACCUUCCCAAUGCCCACAUCAUCCUCUCCUCCAGCAGCAAAGACAAGCUGGAGGUGGCAGUCAAGGAAACCAAGGCCCAAGCAAAGUCCGGAGAUGCACCCGUCGACUACGUCGUGGGCGACGUGGGCAACUUUGACACGCAGUUCGACGACGUCAAGGCGCUGCUCAAGGCCUCCGUCGAGAAAUUCGGCGGCCCCAUCGACCACAUCGUCUGGACGGCCGGGAAAGCACCAGGCGCCAACAGAGCCGAUGACCACAGCAACAACGACGUCUACGACGUGGCUACCGCCCGUUUGUUCGGGCCCAUGACCCUGUCCAUCCUCGCCAAGGACUACAUGACCGUCAGCCGGCACUCCAGCAUCACCAUCACCGGCGGCGUGCUCCUCUACCGCCCGUCUCCAGGCCGAGGUCGGCUGACCGGCAUUGCCGGCGGCGUGGAAAGCGGCGCUCGCGGCCUGGCCGUCGAUCUUGCGCCCAUUCGCGCCAACAUGGUCAACCUGGGAGCCAUUCAGACGCCGCUGUUGGAUAGCUUUACGCAAGGGAACGAGCAGUUCGCGCAGUUGAUGGCGGAAAAGACUUUGGUCAAGACGAUUGGGACGGCGGACGAAGCGGCCGAGGCGUACUUGUUUAGCAUGCGAUGUGCGUAUGUUACGGGUUCGAGGAUUGAUGCGGAGGGCGGCUCGCUACUGUCUUGAGAUUAGUCAGGGCGAGCUUGACAGCCUUGCAGCCUUGUCGGUUUCAAAACUGCCAUCAAUGUAUGCAAGGGUGGUUAUUUGUAUCUGAAAUUGGC